GCACUCAUUGGUCUCUUUUCGUGCGUGGCAUUUUUCCUGGUGGUGCUUAAUCUUAUGCGCCGUACCGGCUGUCGGCCUUACGCAUACUGUGCCUUCCGAGGUUACAGUCAUGCCGAUUCAGGUUUUUGCUGCUGCAUUCCUGGGUCGAUUCUUCCGGACAAUCUCAUCUGGCUCUGGCCCUCUUAUACCUUAUCCUCUGCUGAAGGAUGCAAGCGUGAAGAUGCACGGGCAGGGGCCCGGGCGCCUUCAUGACUGUGGGGCAUUUAACGGAAGGGAACAGAAAGUUGCAUGCAGUAAGAAAAAAAUAGUGGAUGAAGGGGGGUCCCUAGUGAUGGUGGUUUGGCUUAGUGGCUGGUGCCGGGUUCUCUUCAAUCCUGUGUCUGGAUGGGUCUUGAAAACUUUUAAGAUGAAAAACUUCAAUUCCAAGGGGUGA